CGCUCGUCGCGCGGCCCCGGCGGAAAGUUUUUCCUGACGGAGUUUUGGCGGCGGCAGCCGGAGCGGCCAUGGACGCGCUCAAGUCCGCCGGGCGGGCGCUGAUCCGGAGCCCCAGCCUCGCCAAGCAGAGCUGGGGGGGCGGCGGCCGGCAUCGGAAGCUGCCAGAGAACUGGACAGACACUCGGGAGACGCUGCUCGAGGGAAUGCUCUUCAGCCUCAAGUACCUGGGCAUGACGCUGGUGGAGCAGCCCAAGGGUGAGGAGCUGUCAGCUGCUGCUGUCAAGAGGAUUGUGGCCACGGCCAAGGCCAGCGGGAAGAAGCUGCAGAAAGUGACCCUCAAGGUGUCGCCACGGGGGAUUAUCCUGACUGACAACAUCACCAACCAGCUCAUUGAGAAUGUGUCCAUUUACAGGAUCUCCUAUUGCACAGCAGACAAGAUGCACGACAAAGUGUUUGCCUACAUUGCACAGAGCCAGCACAACGAGAAUCUCGAGUGCCAUGCCUUCCUCUGCACCAAGCGGAAACUGGCCCAGGCUGUCACCCUCACAGUAGCCCAGGCCUUCAAAGUCGCCUUUGAGUUUUGGCAGGUGUCCAAGGAAGAGAAGGAGAAGAGGGACAAAGCCAGCCAAGAGGGAGGGGACAUCCUGGGCGGGGGCCUCCGAGACAGCACCCCGUCGUUGAAGAGCUUGGUUGCCACUGGGAACCUGCUGGACUUGGAAGAGACGGCCAAGGCCCCGCUGUCCACAGUCAGCUCUAAUACCACUAACAUGGACGAGGCACCGAGGCCUCAAGCCUUGAACAAUAGCAGUGUUGUCUGGGAGCUGGAUGACGGCCUGGAUGAAGCAUUUUCAAGGCUUGCGCAGUCUCGGACAAACCCUCAGGUCCUGGACACUGGAUUGACAGCACAGGACAUCCAUUACGCCCAGUGCCACUCACCUGUCGACUGGGACAAGCCAGACAGCAGCGGCGUUGAGCAGGAUGAUCUCUUCAGCUUCUGAGCGCCCCGGGGCAGGCGGGACACGUGACACAGACCAAAGCCAAUGGUGGCAGCGUGGGGCCGGCGCCAGGGCCCCCAGCCACCCUCUGCUGGGUGAUGGCACCGUCAGCCUGCGAAUCACAGCUGCAUCUAGUCAAGCAGGGGAGGAAGGAGAAAAUGCUCUUUUAGCCCCACUCUUUCUGUAAGAACUGAAGGAUGCCUUGGAUAUUUA